CAGAAAGCAGAAGGCAGUGAUGAUGGUAAAAGCAAAAAGUCAAGAAGAAAGGGACACUUCAUGAACAGAAGUGGAAGAAGAAGAGAAUAGAAAAGAAGAGGGUUUGGUGUUGUGUUGUGUUAGCGGUUUUUGAUUGAUUCACCGAUCGGAACCGAAUGGGGAUCCUGUACGCGCUGGUAGGUCGCGGAUCGGUGGUGCUGGCGGAGUACAGCGGCACCACCACCAACGCCAGCGCAAUCGCGCGGCAGAUUCUCGAGAAGAUCCCAGGCAAUAACGACACGCACGUUUCCUACUCUCAGGAUCGCUACAUCUUCCACGUUAAACGCACCGAUGGACUCACUGUUCUCUGCAUGGCUGACGACACUGCCGGCAGGAGACUUCCUUUCGCGUUUCUCGAGGAUAUUCAUCAGAAGUUCGUGCGGACUUACGGGCGAGCCGUUCACUCCGCGCAGCCUUACGGAAUGAACGAGGAGUUCUCUAGGGUUUUGAAUCAGCAGAUGGAGUAUUACUCCAGCGAUCCUAACGCCGAUAGGAUCAAUCGGCUCAAAGGUGAAAUGUCUCAGGUACGAAAUGUCAUGAUAGAAAAUAUUGACAAAGUUUUAGAUCGAGGUGAUCGGUUGGAGUUGCUGGUGGAUAAAACUGCUAAUAUGCAAGGAAAUACAUUUCGCUUCAGGAAGCAAGCUCGCCGCUUCAGAAGCACCGUGUGGUGGAGAAAUGUCAAGCUCACGAUUGCACUUAUUCUCAUCCUACUUGUAAUAGUUUAUGUUGUGCUGGCUUUUGUUUGCCAUGGGCCCGCGCUACCAUCUUGCUUUUAGUGAAGGAUUGGCAAGUGAAUUCUAUGUGUGCCUCCUUGUGGUCUUCAACUUGCAGACGUCACUUCUUUUUUAUCUGCCUUUGAUUUGCAGAUUCCAUUUCUUCAACUAUAUUACUGGGUUGUCCACUUUUCUGCUAGU